AUGCGGUACUCUAUCCUCCUGGUCACCUUCUCGGCUCUGGCCCUGGCCCAAUCCUCAGCUCCGGUGGCUACUGCUGUCACAUCACAGCCGCUCAUCCCAACUGCAGUGGCCCCUUCUGGAGCGGCUAGCACCGUCGUUGCCAGCUCUAGUGGCAUUACCACCACUACUAGCUCGAAGCAUCACUCAACUACCAGCGCGGACUCCUCCUCUACCACUGACUCUAGCUCGUCGACUUCCUCCAGUAGCAGCAGCAGCAGCAGCAGCAGCACCACGACCUCUUCGACCAAUGGUGCUUACCCUCUCGCCACUGGUGGCUCUCUUGGAUUGUCCGCCGGUCUGGCUGGCGCUGCUCUCGUCGCUUUCCUCUAA